GCAGGAGCAAGGGUUUAGAGGAGGCCUGGAGUUGAAGCUUCAGGGUCUUGGGUUCAGGGGUUAGAGCACCGACUAUAUGGAAGAUUCCCAGGAUGACUCCCCAAUCUCCUUCCUUCCCCAUUUGGAGGCCAAGAUCCGCCAGACACACAACCUUGCACGCCUCCUCACCAAAUACUCAGAACAACUGCUGGAGGAAUACGUACAGCAGCAGGGAGACCCCUUUGGGCUGCCGGGCUUCUCACCGCCGCGGAUUUCCCUGGCCGGCCUGAGCGGCCCGGCGCCGAGCCACGCGGGGCUACCGCUGUCCGAGCGGCUGCGUCUGGACGCGGCCGCCCUGGGUGCGCUCCCCGCGCUGUUGGAUGCUGUGCGCCGCCACCAGGCGGAGCUGAACCCGCGCGCCCCGCGCCUGCUGCGGAGCCUGGAGGACGCGGCGCGCCAGGCUCGCGCCCUGGGAGCCGCGCUGGAGACGGUGUUGGCCGCUCUGGGCGCAGCAGCCCGCGGGCCCGGAGCUGAGCCCCCCGCCACCACCACCCUUUCCACCGCCAACGGCACUCCGGGCGUCUUCUCAGCCAAGCUGCUGGGGCUCCACGUGUGCGGCCUCUAUGGCGAGUGGGUGAGCCGCACCGAGGGCGACCUGAGCCAGCUGGUGCCUGGAGGCGUCGCCUGAGAGUUAGUACUUGCAAGCUUACUGUGUCCCACCUCUUUGGCUUCCAAUUCUUUCUCUCCAUCUGUGUCACUGUGUUCUUGCCCUGUCCCUGUCUUUCUUCAGUAUUGUGGUCUCUUUCUCUUUGGAUCUUGUAUCCUCAGGGAGUUUCGUGCCUACCAGUUUCUCUUUUUUUACGCUUUUUCUCCCGUUUUGAAUUUUUUUUUCUUCAGGAGGUUUCUGUUUCUCGUUAUAUGUCUCUUGCUCUUUGUUUGUUUGUUUGUUUGUUUGUUUGUUUUUGAAACAGGGUCUUACUAGGUAGCCGUGGAUGUCCUGAAGAAGCUCGCUAUGUAGACCAGUUGGCUUAGAACUCAGAGAUCCACCUGCCUCUGACUCCCAGUUUCUCCAUCUGUCUCCCCACGGUCCAUAUGACUAUGUGUAACACGGAGGUGACACUUUCUAUCCCUUUAGUUCCUUUGUCCUUUCCUAACCAGAAGUGCAAGACCACCUACCCUCAGGACCAUCUAUCUCCCUGGUGCCUCUCUCCUCCCACCAGAUCCUUUAGAGCCUUACCCCUCCCCCUUCAAUGCCCUUCCUUUUCUUACCUCCACAUCCCGUUCCCAGGGGCCCCCAGCCCUAGCCUGGUCUAUGGAGAGGGAAAGUCAAAAGCAUCUUACGAGAGUUUUAUUUGAGAAUAAAUUAAUAUUUGUAAAUAAAUGUUUAACAAUAAAACCACAG